AUGGCCGACCCAGUUGCGGAGCUGCCUGUGUAUCAAGAGAAACACCUCUCGGACGAGUCGAUUGAUGUCAAGAACUUGGUCGAGGAUGCCGAGAUCGAAGUGGACGAUGCCAAGAUGACGAAGGAGGUGGAGGAGAUGGAGGACAGGCUCGCCAACGACGAGGCGAGCGAGGACGAGUACCGUGUCGAAGAAGCAUACGAGGUCGCCGUGAAGGUCCUCUCCACCAAGGACGACCCUGAGCUCCAGGCGGUUACCUUUCGCACCAUCGUCCUUGGCCUUGGCUUCUCUGCAUUCGGCGCUGUGCUUGCUCAAAUCUACUAUUUCAAGCCUCAGACGCUUACCGUCUCCACCCUUCUCCUGCUGAUAUUGUCAUACUGGUUCGGUAAUGGCAUGCAUAUUCUGCUCCCGUCGAAGGGCAUCUGGCGGUUCCUCAACCCUGGUCCGUUCAACAUCAAGGAACAUGUCGCUAUUAUUAUCAUGUCGUCCACGGCGGCUACCUCUGCGGUCGCCAUCCAGGUCAUUUCCGUCCAAGAGUUGUAUUAUAAUAACAACAUGAAUGCCGGGGUCGCGAUUUUCACCCUUAUCGGGUCGCAGUUGAUUGGCUACGGAUAUGCAGGUCUCCUGCAGGAUGUGCUGGUGAAGCCGACUAAGUGCUUCUGGCCGUCAAACAUUUACACUGCGAACCUGUUCCAGGCACUGCACUAUGACAGGCAGAUGACAUCCAAGCGUGUCCGCUUGUUCUGGACAGUGUUUGCCCUGCUCUUCUGCUGGGAGAUAUUUCCGGAAUGGAUUUUCCCGGUCCUGACGGGCGUAUCCGUCUUCUGCUUGGCGGAUAACCACAGCUCCGUGGUGCGCAACAUCUUCGGCGGAGCGUCGAACAACGAGGGCAUGGGCCUGCUCGCGGUGUGCUUCGACUGGAACCUGAUCAGCAGCACGUGCCUGUGGUCGCCCCUCUGGCUGCAGUUGAACCAGGACAUCGGGAUUUUCUUUACGUACAUCCUGAUGGCGGGCGUUUACUAUGGGAACAUAUGGAAGGCGAAGCAGUUCCCGUUCAUGAGCCAAGCCAUCUUCGCCGAGAACGGCUCACAGUAUGACCAAACGGCAUUGCUAACUGACGGCAAGUUCGAUGCGACCAAGUAUGCUGAACUUGGGCCCGCGUACUUCUCAGCAACCAAUGCGCUCUACCUGAUCACGUCGAAUCUGUCGCUUGGUGCGAUUGUCACGCAUGUCGCGCUGUACAACUGGAAGGACCUCAAGCCCUUCGUGUUGUCUCUCAACCCGUGGAGCAAGACGCAGUUCUUGGUACACGAUGCGCACUAUGAGAAGAUGAAGGUGUACAAGCAGAUUCCGCGCUGGUGGUACACCGCCGUAUUGCUGGCCGCCUACGGGAUUGCCCAAGCAACUAACUAUACUGGCGAGUCUGGGUUACCAUGGUGGGCGCUCACAGUGCUCCUCAUCAUUGGCUUCGUCUUCUGCGCACUGUACUCUACUCUCGCUGCGACGAUUGGGUUCACGGAAUUCAACACGUCCGGCAAUGGGUUCUUCCAGAUGAUCACUGCGUAUAUUGUCCCUGGACGGCCUGUGGCGAAUAUGUAUGGUGCCAUGUACGGCGCGCACCCGAUGCAGCAGGGUAUAUUGUUCUUGCAGGAUUUGAAGCUUGGACAGUACUGCAAGCUAGCGCCGCGUGUGACGUUCUGCAUGCAAAUGGCUGGAACUGUCGUCGGCGCCAUCCUCAACUACAUCAUGAUGCUGUCCAUCAUCAAUGCUCAGCGGCCUGCCCUGCUCUCCAUUGCUGGUACCCGUCUCUGGUCCGGACAGAACGCACAAUCGUACAACUCCAACGCCAUCUCCUGGGGGGCGCUUGGUCCUGAGAUGUUCGGUCCCCAUUCCACCUACCGCAUGGUCCCCAUCUCGUUGGCCAUCGGGCUCGUCCUGCCGAUCCCAUUCUACAUCGCCUACCGCAUCUGGCCCAAGGCUGGCUUCCAGAACCUCAACACGUCCAUCAUCAUGCAGUACUCAUGUUACCUGUCUGUCGGAGUGAACACGUCGGUUAACACGGGUAUGGCGCUUGGUAUCCUCUCCCAGUGGUGGAUCCGUACACGUUACCCGAGAUGGUUCACGAAAUACAACUACAUCGUCGCCGCUGCGAUGGAUGGCGGCACUCAGGUCGUCAUCUUCAUCUUAAACUUUGCCAUCUUCGGUGCUGCUGGAAACGCGCAUAGUUUCCCAGAAUGGUGGGGUAACGACCUUAAUCUGUCCGCUGAUCGCUGUUUAGCUCCGGCGUGA